CAGGGGCAUUGUGGAUGUGAGCACCGCGUGGUUCAAGCCCCCCCUUUUUGGAAGGAUCCACAGGGCUGGACCAGAGCGGAAGCAGGUGGAAGAACCCUGUGGUCAGCCCAAGGAGUUCUGGCAGGUGGCUUGGGCGAGCGGCUGAGGAGCAGACAGCUUUGGUCUGGGGACAGGACAGCGCCAGAGAGGAUGAUGACCCCAGACUGGCACAGCUCCUUGAUCCUCACGGCCUACAUCCUUAUCUUCCUCACUGGGCUCCCCGCCAACCUGCUGGCCCUGCGGGCCUUCGUGAGCCGGGUCCGCCAGCCCCAGCCCGCCCCGGUGCACGUCCUCCUGCUCAACCUGACCCUGGCGGACCUGCUCCUGUUGCUGCUGCUGCCCUUCCGGAUCGUGGAGGCGGCGUCCAACUUCCGCUGGUACCUCCCGAAGAUCGUGUGCGCGCUCACGGGCUUCGGCUUCUACAGCAGCAUUUACUGCAGCACGUGGCUGCUGGCGGGCAUCAGCGUGGAGCGCUACCUGGGAGUGGCCUUCCCCGUGCAGUACAAGCUGUCCCGCCGGCCGCUGUACGGGGUGGUGGCCGCGCUGGUGGCCUGGGUCCUGUCCUUCGGCCACGGCACCAUCGUCAUCGUGGUCCAGUACCUGAACUCCACCGAGCAGGGCGUCUCCGCCAAUCAGAUAACCUGCUACGAAAACUUCACUCAGGAGCAGCUGGACGUGGUGCUGCCCGUGCGGCUGGAGCUGUGCCUGGUCCUCUUCCUCGUCCCCCUGGCCGUCACCAUCUUCUGCUACUGGCGCUUCGUGUGGAUCAUGCUCACGCAGCCCCACGUCGGGGCGCAGAGGCGACGCCGGGCGGUGGGCCUGGCCGUGGUGACGCUUCUCAAUUUCCUGGUGUGCUUCGGGCCUUACAACAUGUCUCACCUGGUGGGUUUCUUCAUGAGGCAGAGCCCCUCGUGGCGGGUGGAGGCCGUGGUGUUCAGCUCCCUCAACGCCAGCCUGGACCCGCUGCUCUUCUACUUCUCUUCCUCCGUGGUGCGCAGGGCUUUUGGGCAAAGCGUGCUGCUCUUCCGCAAUCCCGGCUCCACGGUGCUGGGCAGAGGGACCAAGGAGACCUCGGUGGAGGGGACCAGGAUGGACAGGGGUGGGAGUCAGGCGGAGGGGGUGCAGAGCUCAGACGUCAUCACCGAGUAGAGAGCUCCCCGGGUCUUCCUGAGCAUCCGGGUCACCCAGAAGUUGGGCCGUCUAGCAGAGCACCUGGGACUUCGUAAAAGAGAAAAGAUUAAAAAAAAGAAGAAAACAAAAAGGAGAGCUACCCACCCGCUUGACAUCACUGCGUGACUGGAUUUUCCUGCCCAGAGAAGAGCUGCAGCCUUAAAACACAGAAGGGCCAGGGGCCCGCAAGCCAGGUGGUUCACGGGUGAGCAGUUUUUAAAGUAAUUUUCCUCCAAGCUUGGAAACAUCACUUGGAGACAGAGGUCUGGCUGGGGAUUCUGGAAGGAAGCCGAUGAGAAAAGACUAGGGGGACCUGUGGGGAGAAGAGAAGUCUCAGGAAAGCUCUCAGCCACGGGACUAUCCGGGAGGACGGGGGCUCCUUCUGUGGUGGUCUUGGUCUUUGUGUACCCGUUUGAGCUGUCCCCUUUGUAAAUGCCCUCAAGCCUAUUUUCCCCGUUUUGGUUUUGCCUCCGCUGUUAAGCUGGGGGCGGGGUUGCGCGUUUAUCCUCCCCCAACCCAGGCGAGGAUGUGUCUUGGUACCAGUCUGUCUGACUCUGACACUGACCUGCGUGGGAGGACAGGAAGGAAAAAAUAAUACCUGGUUUGGCAGGUUAAAAAUAAAAAUGAUGAAAGUGUGAA